CACCAUCUUCCUACGCUCCUACUCAAAAUUGUACCUGUGCACCACCUUUCGUAGUCGCGAGUGGCUCCCAGUCGAUCUCUGUGGAACGUAGCCUUCGCUCGCUUCGCCGACUUGGCCGCAUCGUAGGCUGUUUCACCCAAGUCCACCUACCUCAUCGCAUCGUCACUCCCCGGAAAGGCGCAGGAUGUCGCUGCUUUACUCUGUCGGUGCAUCUGCAUCGUUGACAACGCUGCUGGCGCUUUAUUUGAUCUUCACGGGAUCAGGAAGCGCCUUUGCUGUCGGAACUUUUCUGGAAGAGACGAGUCCGUAUGCGUGGGCACUGCUUGGGAUCGGUUUGUGCAUCGGAUUGAGCGUGGUCGGCGCUGGCUGGGGCAUCUUCAUCACUGGCUCGUCCAUCCUGGGAGCCGGAGUCAGGUCACCUCGCAUCACUACGAAAAACUUGAUCUCCAUCAUUUUCUGUGAGGUGGUGGCUAUCUACGGCGUCAUCAUGGCAAUCGUCUUCAGUGCCAAGAUCAAUGGCAACCUGAAAGGAGGCGCCGACGGAUUGUGGACAGCUGACAAUUACCUUACUGGCCACGUGCUCUUCUGGGGUGGUUUGACUGUCGGCUUGUGCAACUUAUUCUGCGGCGUGGCAGUGGGAGUUACCGGCGCCAAUGCUGCAGUGGCAGAUGCUGCCGAUCCUCAGCUGUUCGUCAAGAUCCUCAUCGUUGAAGUAUUCAGCUCAAUUUUGGGUCUCUUUGGAUUGAUCGUGGGCCUAAUCAUGACUGGAAGCGCUGUCGAGUUCUCGUGAGGCUCACCUCAGGUUGGUGUACAAGCACUGUCCGCCGCACAAAGCCAUAGGGCGGUACCUCGGGUAGCUUUGAUGCACAACAUCAAGCAUUCGAGCUGCUGACUCGUCAGCACACAAUGGAAUUGAUGCA